UUUUAAACCUAAAGUCCGAAUUGAAGAAAAAUGAGAGGGGGUUCAUCAAUGGCGAAAUCCAUUUCUACGAUUCUAAGGAGGAGAUCAGCUUCGUACUGUACUAACAGCGGAGAUAGCUUCGAGAGUUCUAGGCCUAAGAUCUUUGAUCGGCAGCUCAAAUUCAGACAACGUGACCGAGCUGCAUGGUUGAUGAGCCGCAAGGAUCCUUUUGUUGAUACAAUUGCUGAAAACAUGCUUGAUCGUUUGGAGGAUUGCAAGAGGACAUUUCCUACAGCACUAAAUAUGGGGGGCUCCUUGGAAGCUAUUAGGCGGUUGUUACGUGGGCGUGGCGGCAUUGAAAAACUCAUUAUGAUGGAUGCAUCUUUUGACAUGGUUAAAUUAUGCAAAGAUGCUGAGCCAGAUUUAUCUACUGACAGCAUAGAAACCUCUUUUCUGGUUGGUGAUGAAGAGUUCUUGCCCUUACAGGAAAACUCUCUUGAUCUGGUGAUCAGUUGCUUGGGCCUUCAUUGGACAAAUGAUCUCCCAGGAGCGAUGAUACAAUGCAGAUUGGCGUUGAAGCCUGAUGGACUUUUUCUUGCAUCUAUUCUUGGUGGAGAAACAUUAAAGGAGCUAAGGAUAGCAUGCACUGCAGCACAAAUUGAGCGUGAGGGAGGUAUUAGUCCACGACUUUCUCCUUUGGCACAGGUGCGAGAUGCUGGCAAUCUUUUGACAAGGGCCGGCUUUGCACUUCCAGGUGUUGAUGUUGAUCAAUACACCGUUAGAUAUGAAAGCGCUCUGGACUUGAUUGAACAUUUGCGUGCAAUGGGAGAAACAAAUGCUCUUUGGCAAAGGAAUACUUUAUUAAAUAGAGAAACAGCAUUGGCAACUGCUUCUGUCUACCAGUCGAUGUUUGGAGCUGAGGAUGGAACCAUACCCGCAACUUUUCAGGUGAUCUACAUGACAGGGUGGAAGGAACAUCCAUCGCAGCAGAAAGCGAAAAAGAGGGGCACAGCUACUGUUUCAUUCAAAGACAUUAAGAAGCAAUUUGGUACUGAUUCAAGUUAAACAGGCAGUCAAUCUUUUAAGACAACCAUACACCAUCACCCAAUGAUACGAGAGCACUUAAUCAUGUUCUUUAAACAUCAAUCUUGCCUGUUCACACCUUGAUGUAAUUUCGUGUGUUGUAUGCCAAUAUAAGAGAGAACAAUCUGAAUAAAUAAUGAAACAAGAUUGCCUUCUGUAAGUCUAUAGUCUCUGUAACUACUCAAGAAGUGGGUAUCAGAAUCUAUCAACAACAUUUAGUUGCAAGUAAAUAACAAUAGUUCACUGAAUUUUUACUCUGGCAG